GCUGAAAAUGUUUUCUGAAGCCAUCAACAGACAAGAUGACACAAUGUACAUCGUUUCAUUUAGACAGGAUCACUUGGUAUUUCCAGCAACUAAAAGCAAUGUGACACAAAGGCCAAAAGUAUCUCUCAUGAUGAUGGCACCUUCAAAUGAUACUACUGUAAAUGUCACCAAAGGCGAAGAAUCAAUAUCCAUGAUUCAAAUCGAYUGUCAAGUUAUGGACACAAAACAUAUCAACAUCAAAAAAUCAAGUCUUCCUUCGCCAUUCGUCGAUAGCUCGUACCGGCCGUCAAGCUCUAAUGGCUAUACUCAGCCAUCAGGUGGACAUACUCCUUCGAUACCCACUCGUAAUGCCAAGUAAUUCACUGUGUAAAUAAAAAGAUCAGAGCGAGGACGUUAUACCCGUGAAACWAAUGUAAUGGUUUAAUAUUCCACGGAUUUAUGAAACUAUUGUUGUUUUAAUAGAUAAAACGAUAUCUAAUUAGAUAUGUAACAAAAAUGGUCAUUAUUGGACAUUGUACGUACGCAUUUGUUCUCUAUUUAUUUACCAAUAUCCGUGCCUUUGGGGAAAGAUAAGGCUCAUUAUUUGACCAAUCAGAGCGUGCGUCAAUCARUCUAUACUGCUAAGUUAUUACCCACAKUACGCUGCGUCAAUAAUCAGUUUUAUGACCCAUGUUAAUGUUCGGUAUAUCGAAAGGUUGUACAUGUAUUUGGUUUGUAACUCUAUCAGUUUAUUCAGUAGCUGGAAGUUUUUAGAAUAAUAGUAUUAUAAUGACAGUUGGUCAACGAAAGCAUGCAGUCAUAUAAAUAUUAUUUAACUUAUACAAGAAUAAAGAAAGAAACAGUAUAUAUAGCUAUUUCAAAAAAGGUUGUCGGAUAAAAUGGCGAAUGUCAAUGGUCGAACGGCGAUUGCACGACCGAAAGUAGUCAUGGGUUUUGGUAGUUGAAGGGCAAUAACAACUGAUUUUUACUAUAWGAUGGUCCGUGGUAAACAUUGACAACAUUUAAUCUCCAUUUCUAUGUAAGGUGAAUCUAAUAAGUGAAAUUUUGUUUAUCAAAACAGUGUAACCAUAACUCCUUUCGAUCGUGCAAUCUCCCGUCGACAAUCGCCGUUGGCCGUUCUCCCCGACAACGCUUUUUGAAAUAGCUGUAUGUAGAUUGGUUUGAAUAGAAAAGUACGUUAUAUGACAAUGAUCUUAUAAGAUSUAAUAAGAUCUAAUAUUUUAUCAUAGAUUCCUAACCCAUUGRCUUCCUUUUUAUGACAACUUCAUAACAAGGAAAAACCGUAUCCAGCUUAAAGUAAAAUUUUUAUAUUCAUGCAAACUUCAAGUUCAUUGAYAGUUUGCUCAUGACACGUUUUGUAGUUGCUGUUUUAUAGCUAUGCUUAUCAUGUAACGAUCUUUAAAAGCUCUUUUACUCCAUUUAUAAACUCAAAAAGAAUUUGUAAAAUAUUUUAAGUCACUUGCAMAUAAUAUUAAUAUAGAUAUAUAGAAAAUAGAGAAUAAAGUUUACAUUGAAAAUGA